UUGUACAUGACCGUUGAACCGGCACGGAGCGAUAAGGGCACCAUGAUGCGCAGCGGCUCCUCUCACCUGCCCGGAUAUUCCGGCCUCUCUCCGCAGUUCCAUUACCAGCCGGGCGAAUGCAUGGGCACCCUGCCCCCUGAUCCCUCUGUGCAGAGAAACCCCGCCUCCUCUCUGCCUCACCCUACUGACCCCCCCAGGGAAGGCCAUCUAACCCUCAGCGGCCAAACUGUCCCACCCUGGCCAAACAGAGGAGCAGGAAAUUCAGUUACUUUUGCCAAAGAUAACAAAGGUCCGGCCGGCUCACAGGAAGAAUUGAUUGGCCAGCAGCUGGACAAUAAAGAACUGACCCACCAGUCAAUCCACCCUGGCACUAGGGAUGGUAUCGCCCAGGUGCCGGACUGGUACCAACAGAACCCCGGGCCGGUCCCCCUGCAUCAAACCUUCUCCGCUACAUACAGGAAGCGCCCACCUAUAGAAUCCCCCACAUCUUUACAGCGUAAAGCCAUAACAGGCUACACCGGGUACAUCCCUCGCUCUGCCUGGAGCAUCGGCGUCGGUUACAGGCCCAGAGUCCAGCAGUGCAUGGAUGAGUUCGACCAUGGCCAGGUGCUGAGAUGCGUUACAGGCAGAGAGGGAAGAUGGAAGCCGUGUUACUGGCCCCAGGCUCACAUUUAUAGCCCCAUGGGAGUCCUGCCUAACUACACCGGAUUCAUACCAGGGUCCCGCGACUGCUUUGGGGAGACCCUGGGCAACACCAGCAGGCACCUGUACCACCACUGCCACGCAAGAGAGCCGAAACCAACCUGUACGAAAAAUGCUUUUAAUGAACGGAACGUUCUGUACAACUGGUAACAAUGAAACCGGAGAGAGAAGGAAAUGCAGGAAACAAAUAAAGGAACGAACGUGAGCAGAAA